AGUGUGCUUCCUGCAGCGAGGAGCUCAGGCCUACCUCAUUUUCGCCUGGCAGGUCAGCUGCUCUGUGUUUCAGUCUGAAGCCGUUGGCUGCUACUGAACCGUUUGGCUCUUUUCUCUACUAGCGAGCAAACCUACAUUCUAGACCCAACUGUCCAUCCAGCUCAUUUUUAAGGGGAUUUAUCAUUAUAUAUGCCCGUGUAUCCAAAACACAUCGGUCAUUGGGGAUUCCUAGCACCGGUUGGCCGGGUCUGACGGCCGUUAUAACGCUUUUUCGAGGUUUAAUUAGAGCUAGAAAACAACGGUGGUGGAGGAGGAGGAGAUUCCAUAUUAGGAGCACAGAGGAGAAGGCACCCCCCUUGUGUGAUUUGGAGCUUUUGGUUCUGAGCCCAUGGUACUAGGCCCUGACUGAACGUACUGGUGGGGCGUACAGACUUCUGUGGCUAGGUGUGUGCGUGCUGACCUCAUGGUGUAACAGGAGUAAAGAUGAGCAUUAGCAGUGAUGAGGUCAACUUCCUGGUCUACAGAUACCUACAGGAGUCAGGGUUCUCCCACUCAGCAUUUACAUUUGGCAUAGAGAGUCACAUCAGCCAGUCCAACAUCAAUGGUGCUCUGGUUCCCCCUGCUGCCCUCAUCAGCAUCAUCCAGAAGGGCCUGCAGUAUGUCGAGGCUGAAGUCAGCAUCAAUGAGGACGGCACAUUAUUUGACGGGCGGCCCAUUGAGUCUCUGUCCCUGAUUGAUGCCGUGAUGCCGGACGUCGUUCAGACGAGGCAGCAGGCCUACCGGGACAAAAUGGCCCAGCAGCAGGCUGCCGCUUCAGCACCAACAUCGGCCACGGGGGGCAGCAUCGCCGGCAACGCCAAGAACGGAGAGAAUACUGCCAACGGGGAGGAGAACGGAGCCCAUGCCUUAGCUAACAACCACGCAGACCUGAUGGAGGUGGAUGGAGAUGUGGAGAUCCCUCAGAACAAGGCCAUGGUCUUGCGGGGCCACGAGUCCGAGGUCUUCAUCUGUGCCUGGAACCCAGUCAGCGAUCUGCUGGCCUCGGGGUCUGGGGAUUCGACGGCUCGCAUCUGGAACCUGAGUGAAAACAGUACAAGCAGCUCGACACAGCUGGUCCUGAGACACUGCAUACGAGAGGGAGGGCAGGACGUCCCCAGCAACAAAGACGUCACCUCGCUAGACUGGAAUAGCGAGGGCACGCUGCUAGCAACAGGCUCCUAUGACGGCUUUGCCAGAAUAUGGACAAAGGACGGGAACCUGGCCAGUACACUCGGCCAACACAAAGGUCCCAUCUUUGCCCUUAAGUGGAAUAAAAAAGGCAAUUUUAUCCUCAGUGCAGGAGUAGACAAGACAACAAUCAUAUGGGAUGCCCAUACAGGAGAAGCCAAACAACAGUUUCCCUUCCAUUCAGCUCCAGCGCUAGACGUGGACUGGCAGAGCAACAAUACGUUCGCCUCCUGUAGUACAGACAUGUGCAUCCACGUCUGUAAACUGGGACAGGACCGACCCAUUAAAACAUUCCAGGGACACACAAAUGAAGUAAAUGCAAUCAAGUGGGAUCCCACAGGGAACCUGCUAGCCUCCUGCUCAGAUGACAUGACGCUGAAGAUCUGGAGUAUGAAGCAGGACUCGUGUGUCCAUGACCUGCAGGCCCACAGUAAAGAAAUCUACACCAUCAAAUGGAGUCCCACCGGCCCUGGAACCAACAACCCCAGCGCUAACCUCAUGCUAGCCAGUGCAUCGUUUGACUCCACAGUUCGUCUUUGGGACGUGGAGAGAGGCAUCUGUAUCCAUACGCUGACUAAACACCAGGAGCCGGUCUACAGCGUGGCCUUUAGCCCCGACGGGCGACAUCUGGCCAGUGGCUCCUUUGACAAAUGCGUGCACAUCUGGAAUACACAGACGGGCGCUUUAGUCCACAGUUACAGAGGGACGGGGGGGAUCUUUGAGGUUUGCUGGAAUGCAGCAGGGGACAAAGUGGGAGCCAGCGCAUCAGACGGAUCUGUGUGUGUACUAGACCUUCGGAAAUAGUGCUGCUGUUUGUUGGAAGCCAUGGACCGACCGUGAAUGUGUACAUAGCCAAAUGACUGUCCCAGCCUGCCCUGCGUACUGCUCGCGCUUACGACUAUUGGCCCCGCCGACCGACAGACAGGAAGCAGGAAGCAAGCACGCACCCACCCGACACAGCAGGUCCAGACACAGGGAUGAACAGAUGGAUGGACAGACAGACAGACAGACAGACAGACAAACAGACAGACGGAAGGAUGGAUCAACGGGCGGAUGGAAGCGCCCCUCUCUAUCUGUACAGACUCUUACAGAGAUGCAGAAGGGACGCAGUGGGGAAAAAAAAGUAAAAACUGAUAGACAAAAAAAA